AUGCUGAGAACGAGAAUUUUCCAUUCACGAAGGUGGCUUUGUAGAAGCUUCUCCAACAUUCUUCACUCGGCGCCUUUGCGAGUGUGUGUGGUUGGAAGUGGCCCUGCCGGUUGCUACACUGCCGAGAAGUUGUUGAAGGCGCAUCAACAAGCUCAAGUUGAUAUCAUUGAUAGGUUGCCUACGCCUUUUGGGUUGGUUCGGUCCGGUGUUGCGCCUGAUCACCCUGAAACUAAGAUUGUCGUCAACCAAUUUUCAAGGGUGGCACAACAUGAACGGUGCUCAUUUUUUGGAAACGUGACCCUUGGAUCCAGCAUAUCUCUUUCUGAAUUACGCAAGCUGUAUGAUGUGGUUGUCCUUGCAUAUGGUGCUGAAAGCGACAGAAAUCUUGGUAUUCCAGGAGAAAACUUAAAAGGGGUAAUAUCAGCCAGAGAAUUCGUUUGGUGGUAUAAUGGGCACCCAGAUGGACGAAAUCUUGAUCCAGACCUGAAGAGCACUGAUACAGCUGUAAUUCUUGGACAGGGGAAUGUUGCUUUAGAUGUUGCACGUAUUCUUUUACGACCUACUGCAGAGUUAGCAACAACUGAUAUUGCCAAUCAUGCUUUGGCUGCUUUAGAGGAAAGCACUAUCAGGGUAGUUUAUUUGGUUGGAAGACGUGGUCCAGCUCAAGCAGCUUGUACUGCCAAAGAGCUACGUGAAGUUCUCGGUAUUCGCAAUCUUGAUAUUUCAAUACAGGAAUCUGAUCUACUUCUAACCCCAGCUGAUGAGGAAGAGCUUAAGAGCAACCGAAUACACAGAAGAAUUUUUGAGUUGUUAUCCAAGGCAGCUACCUCAAGACCAAGACAUGCUGAUUUGAACCAGCGCCAGCUCUGUUUUGUGUUCUUCCGUAAGCCAGAUAGCUUUCAAGAAUCAAAAAACAGUACUGGCCAUGUCUCCGGUGUGCGUUUUGAGAAGACAGUUCUUAAAGGUGCUGGCCCUGGAAAACAAAUUGCCGUUGGUACCGGAGAAUUUGAAGAAAUAAAAUGCGGGAUGGUUCUUAAGAGCAUUGGUUACAAAUCCGUACCGGUAGAUGGCCUACCUUUUGAUCAUAAGAAAGGUAUAGUUCCAAAUGAUGAAGGUCGAGUGUUGAGUGACACUUUAGAUACUGCAGUUCUUGAAGAAGGCUUGUAUGUAUGUGGUUGGCUGAAGAGAGGACCAACUGGGAUUGUUGCAACAAACCUAUAUUGUGCUGAAGAAACUGUUUCAAGCAUAUUAGAAGACCUUGAGAAAGGAGCUUUGAUUUCAUCAACGGCCGCGUCAAAACCAGACUCUGAAGAAAGGAAGCUUGGAAGUUUAAGGAACAAGCCUAGGGAAAAACUAGCCACUUGGAACGAACUACUGACAGUUACCUCAGAAGGAACCGGAUAUUCAACGUGA